CUGUCAAACAUGAACAAAGGUGUCUGUGAUCUUGUAGUUGCAAUGCUAGACCCUUUGAAUAAUCUCUUCCGCAGCCCUAGAAGUACAAGGUCUGUUACUCGCCGUCACAAGCCCCCUUUGCAUUCUAAAACUUAGCACGCCCUUGCAUCAGUCCAGUAUGCCGUAUCGUCUUCAGAAACAAACCAACGGCGAACCUGCAAAAAUACAAAAAUGCACAUUCUACUCCUGCUAUCGCCCCUGCGACCACUAUAAACAGCGUUACUGUAACAGAUACCGAAAUCCAAGACAGUGCUGUACCUGCGCGGACUCACGGCCACUGCGCCCAGAUGGUCGUUACCCACGGUACAUCGACGGCACUGGCUGGGACCGCAAUGCACCGAGAUGGGCAAACUAUUGCGAGGGAUGCCAGAGGGCAGAGAAAGAGUAUGACAUACUUCGAUCAGCGAUUGUUCUUUGCGAACACUGGAGAAAGGGCUUUUGUAGCGGGUUCGGGGUUUGCUGUAUGUGCUCAGAUGUUCGGCCACAGUCCCAUGAUGGUCUGUAUCCGUUGUAUGUCGAUGGGCUUGGGUGGGUUUACGGUGCGACGAGAUGGCAGUUCUAUUGUGAGUUUUGCAAGGACGUGCAUGGAAUAGAAGCUCAAGGGAGAAGAGAAGGUGCCUAGAUUGAUGGUUUCGACCUCCACAAGAAUGCCUCUGAUGAAUCCUUCGCUAGCCUCCAGCUGAAUUCUCACCUAUAUAUCCUGUGUUGAGCGACUGAACCCGACCAGUAAAAGUCAUCAUCAGGUAGCGGAAUGCUCACACCAUACAUCACCUU